GGGCUUCGGGGCCCGCGAGGAAGGCGGCGGUGGAUGCCCGGACCGCCAUGGACCGGGCCGCCAUGGACCAGGCCCGGGACCCGACCAGCGGGUCGCAGAAGAAAGGUAAAAAGGAGAAGAAGCCCAAGCAAAAUAAACCGAAGAAAUUGCAGGCCGAAACGGAGGUAUCCGAAGAGCUUUCUCCACCCGCCCUCAAAAAGGUGAAAAAGAAAGAAGAGCCCUCUGAAGGGGAAUGCGGUCCUCCAAAAUCGAAAAAGGCAAAAAAGAAGGAGGAGCCUUCUGAAGACGCACUCAGCACCCCCAAGCCUAAAAAGGCAAAAAAGAAAGAAGAGGUUUCUGAAAAUGAACUCGAUUCUCCCAAACCUAAAAAAGCCCGCAAAAAGGGAAAAGAUUUGGAAGAGAAGAGCCCAACGCAGAAAUCGUCAACAGAUUAUGGAGUGGCUCCCUCCAGCCCUGUGUCUCAGGCACCCAAUGUGGCAGAUGAGCCACAACAGGACCUAACUGCUGAGCAAAAGGAAGGAGCCUUCUCUAAUUUUUCUAUCUCUCAGGAGACUAUCCAGCUUCUUAAAGCUCGCGGGGUGACGUACCUGUUUCCCAUACAAGCAAAGACAUUUGGCCACGUGUCCAGCGGGAAAGAUGUGAUUGCUCAGGCCCGCACGGGAACGGGGAAGACCUUCUCUUUUGCCAUCCCUCUCAUUGAAAAACUCCAGAGAGAUCUGAAGGACCGAAAGAGAGGUCGCCUUCCAAAGGUGCUAAUCCUUACUCCUACGAGGGAGUUGGCAAUCCAGGUAGCCAGAGACUUCAGCGACAUCACCAAGAAGCUGACGGUGGCUUGUUUUUACGGCGGGACCGCAUAUAAUGGGCAGAUCGAUCACAUCCGAAACGGAAUUGACAUCCUGGUCGGGACUCCGGGUCGAAUCCGAGACCACAUCCAGAGCGGCCGACUGAAUCUUACCAGUCUUCAGCAUGUUGUCUUGGAUGAAGUUGACCAGAUGCUGGAUAUGGGGUUCGCCGAGCAAGUGGAAGAAAUUUUAGGCGUGGCUUACAAGAAAGACUCAGAAGACAAUCCCCAGACGUUGCUUUUUUCGGCCACCUGCCCCCACUGGGUCUACGAUGUUGCCAAGAAAUACAUGAAAGUGAACUACGAGCAGGUCGACCUUAUCGGCAAGAAGGCGCAGAAGACCGCAAUGACGGUGGAGCAUUUGGCUAUCAAGUGCCACUGGUCUCAGAGAGCGGCAGUCAUCGGGACCGUCAUCCAGGUUUACAGCGGGACUCACGGGCGGACCAUCGUCUUUUGUCGGACAAAGAAGGAAGCCACCGAACUGUCCGUCGACGCUGCGAUCAAACAGGACGCUCAAUCGCUGCACGGUGAUAUCCCCCAGAAGCAAAGAGAGAUUACAUUGAAAGGUUUCAGAAGCGGUGUCUUCGGCGUUCUGGUGGCCACAAAUGUAGCUGCCCGUGGGUUAGAUAUCCCUGAGGUCGAUCUGGUAAUUCAGAGUUCACCCCCGGAGGAUGUGGAAUCCUACAUCCAUCGUUCUGGGCGGACAGGUCGAGCCGGUCGAACGGGGAUCUGUGUCUGCUUUUACCAGGCCAAGGAGGAGUAUCAGCUAUCGCAAGUGGAACAAAAAGCGGGCAUUACGUUCAAGCGGAUCGGCGUUCCAAGUACCACAGAGAUAGUCAGAGCCUCCAGCAAAGACGUCCUCAGGUCUUUGGAUUCCAUCCCGCUGCACGCCAUCGAUUACUUCAAGCAGCCCGCCCGGGAGCUGAUCGAGGAAAAGGGGGCGGUGGAUGCCCUGGCCGCGGCGAUAGCCGUCAUUGCAGGAGUCACGUCCGUUGAGCAGCGCUCCUUGCUCAACGCAGCUGCGGGUUACGUGACCAUGACCUUGCAGUGCUCAAUGGAGUUGCACACCAUCAGCUACGCCUGGCGAAGCCUGAAAGAGCAGCUCGGCGAAGACAUCGAUGACAAAGUGAACCACAUUUGCUUACUCAAGGGGAGGAUGGGUGUUUGUUUCGAUGUUCCUCAAGCGGCCGUGCAGUUCAUUAAGGAACAAUGGCAAGACACAAGGCGCUGGCAGCUGUCGGUGGCAACGGAACUGCCGGAAUUGGAAGAACCCUAUCGUGACGGAGGCAGAGGAGGCCGAGGCCGAGGCGGAGGCCGAGGCGGAGGCCGAGGCCGGGGAAGUUUCUCGAAUAACUUCAGAAAUCGUGAGAGAUCCGGAGGUGGCGGCUUCAACAGAAACGACAGGUUCCCAAACAGAGGCCAGAAGCGGAGUUUCAGUAGAGCGUUCGAUCAGUAAUUGGAUUUUGGGGAGAAUGAGUCAAUUUGGAGAGACCGAACCGUUUCAAAACUGGCUUUUAUAUAUAUAUAUUUUUAAAAAAAUCUGCCAUUUCUUCCGCUCUUAUUUCUCCCGCUUUCAUUUUCGCCUUGCGAGCCACUGCAUCUCCGGGCGGCCGUCAGCAAAACGCCUUGCUGACGGGAAACCAACUGCAGUUACAAGAGGGUGAAAUGAUCCCUGUAACUAAAUACCACUUCCAGACGGAGUUAUUUUGUCUGCCAAAAGCAUCCAAAUGUACAUACACGUGAGUUUAAUUCUAAGAGAAUGGUCUGUGUAUUUUCACUUUUCAAACACGCUUUUUUCUACCCGUGACUUUAGGUCCUCUGCGAUUUACGUAGGACUGCGUCCCAAAACGUGAGGGGGCUUUUUAUUAAAUGUUGUAUUCUUCCUAAAGAGCACAUGUAAGCCUAGCAUUUGUUAUAGUCAGAGACUUGUGGAGUCAAAAGACAAACCUGAAGAUCCCCAGCUUCUUCACCUGUCUGUUCAAUCAGUCGUAUUUAUUGAGCGCUUACUGUGUGCAGAGCACUGGACUGAGCGCUUGGAAAGUACAAGUCGGCAACAUAAAGUGGCCCUAAUCCCACACCUUCCUCCUCAGUGUCCUCCAAUUUCCAGAGGAAAAGAAUUCAACCCAGAAAAUCGUUCUGCAAUCAAUCAAUCGCAUUUAUUGAGCGCUUACUGUGUGCAGAGCACUGUACUGAGCGCUUGGGAAGUCCAAGUGGGCAACAUCUAGAGACGGUCCCUACCCAACAGUGGGCUCACAGGCUAGAAGACUGCAACUCAGCCGAUCCGAGAUCCGAUGACUCCGUAAAAUCUGGUGCUCUAGGAUUUACGUAAAAUUUUUCUUUUUGGUCGAAAGAGUUUCGAAUUAAGUGUAUUAUAUUAAGUGUAUUAAGUAUA